AUGGGAUUAAUUCUGUUUUUCCUAACGUAUUUAUGUGGACUUGUUAGUUUCCCCUUGAUAAUCAUCUUGAUAUUUCACUAUCUUUUGCCAUCUGAAAAAGAUCACCAAGACAAUGACUACAAUAUAGAGGAUGACGGAGUGAUUUUGAAAGCAGGCGAGAUUGAAGAAAAACACCAAUCGGGGUUGGAAAGUUUUAAACUUGGGUGGAUCGUUGUAACAAAUGAUUACAUUGAAAGCACAGAUGAAAUCAAUAAAAACACCACAUCAAUUACCGAGUCUCCUGAGACCAAAUCAGCUUAUGCUUCGUUAUUUAAGUUGGUGAAUAAGCAGCAGCAGCAGCAGCAGCAACAGCUGCUGCUGAAUAGUCAACAGCAGCAACAACCAUUGGAUUUAACCGACCCCCUGCAUAAUGAAUUUGGAGGAGACGAUACUACUUGUGAAGUGACUUCCAUUGCAUCCUCGUUGCGAAAUACACAACUGUCGCCACCAUUGAAUCCCCAACAACCGCCAUCUCAACCACAACCACCAGCUCAACAUCCACAGCAAGUCACGAGGAAUUCCUUGAAAAAGCAUAGGUUUUUUGCCGUUUUAAAGCAUGGAAAUUUAUUUCUAUAUAAAGAUCAACUGUUGAAAGAUGUCAAACAUGUUAUUGUAUUGAACAAUUACUUUGUCACAAUAUGGCCAAGAGAGUUAUCCGAUGCUCAAUUGUUUACCAAGUACACUGCUAUUGCUCUCAUCAACCCUACAAAGUUUGCCACAAGUGUGAGUAAAUCGAGUAAUAACAAUAAUGGUUCUUCCCCUCCUGGAAGUUUCUUCAUAUACUGUGACACCACUUCGGAUAAAGAAGAUUGGUAUUUUGCAUUAAUACGAAGUACAAAACUUGAUAGCUAUAUUUCAACAUCAGCAUCAGCUACCACGACCACCACCACCACUGCCAUGCCCCAUUCCUCCUCAUCAGCAACAGCAACCAUAUCCUCUUCUUCGUUCCCAUCCUCGUCCUCCUCCUCAUCAUCAACAACAGUUCCAUGCAACCUCAGUGCAACAAAGUACGCACAAACAUUACAUUUUUCAACCAAGGAUAUGAUCAACUUGAUCCAAGCAUUGUACAGCUCAGAGGGACACUUACAAACCAAGUGGAUGAACGCAUUAAUUGGAAGAUGGUUUUUAGCCAUUAAGGAUACAAAGUAUUUUGAAAAUUAUAUCUAUACUAAACUAAAAAAGAAAUUGAACAAAAUUAAAAAACCUGGAUUCUUUGAUACUUUUCAAAUUACGGAGAUCCACCCUGGUAAUUCAGCACCAUUUUUCACUUACCCCAAUCUUAAAGAAAUCAAUCCUGAUGGUACUUUAGUUGUCUCGUCAAAUAUCUCAUAUACGGGAGGUAUAUCAGUAGCAAUCAAGACAAAAUUAGAUUUGACGUUUGGAACUAAAUUUACUACAAAGGAAGUUGAUUUAUUGUUGAAGAUUUCACUCAUGAAUCUAGAAGGUCCUUUGUUAAUCAAGUUGAAACCUCCGCCAAGUAACAGAUUCUGGUAUUGUUAUGAAAUUGAACCAAUAAUGAAUAUCAAAGUUGAACCUAUUUUGAGUAAUAAAUCUUUGAAUUAUUCCUUCAUCACUAGCUCAAUUGAAAAGAAAUUUAAGGAAGCAAUCAAGGAAAGUUUGGUAUUGCCACAUUGGGAUGAUAUUGUAUUCUAUGAUACUCUGAAGGAGUUAUAUCGUGGUGGUAUAUGGAAACCUAACAAAGAUACUAAUUGUAAUGGAGAUAAGACCACGACCGUACUGGAUGGCAGAGACAAAUCCAAUGUUUAUGACGACGAUGACGACGAUAACGACGAUGCAUCUUCCAGUAUGUUGAGAGAGGAUGAUAAUAUUGAGUUGAAAUCGCGGUCGUCAAAUAGAUCAUUGAGGAGUUCAAAAAUCGGAACUACAUUCACUGAUUUAACGAAGAAAAUGAAAGCAAAGAAAGGUUCUUCUUUGCAUGAUGAGGAGUUUUCAAAUACCACUACAAGUACAGCAGCCAAAUCUGUUAAUGAACAUGGGGUCAUGUCCAAUACUUUUAAGAAAAUUGGCAAGUGGUAUUUUAAAGAUGACAAUAAGCAGCAACAACAACAGCAACAGCAACAGCAAGAGCAACUACAGCAAAAGCAAGAGCCACAACAGCAAGAGCAAGAGCAAGAGCAACAACAGCAAGAGCAACAGCAACAGCAGCAACAGCAACAGCCAUCACAAACUAUAUUCGAAGGGAAGCCGCCACUUCACCAACAGCAGCAACAUCAACAUCAACAUCAACAACAGCAACCAAAACGUUCAGUUUCUAGCAAUUCUUCAUCUAUGCCAUCGUCCGAGAUGUACCAUCCACCAGAAAUGAUUUCAAACCGUCGACCACGGCGUAAAACAUCGAAUGCGAAUUCGGUCAUCAGUAGUAUGUCCGGAAAAGUUAAUUCAACCUUGCCUCAAACUACUACUAACUCGUUCGAUGCAGUUAAAAGCGGAACAAUAUCGCCAGCCGAAAUCACUUCUUCACCUUCAUUUAAUUUUGCAAGGUUUGAUAACACAUCGGAUAAUUUCUUAAUACCGCCAGCACCAGCACCAGCACCAGAACCAGAAGUAGCACCGCCAAUGCCACCGCGUCCUUCUUCAUCAGUGACAAACUUGCUUGGUAAUAGCACAGCGGGUUCACUAAGUGCCUCAGGACUAUUCAAUGCUAUCAACAAUUUACCAAGCUCUCCAACUUUGAAGGAUAAGAGUAGCAACGGUAAUGGUAAUGGUAGUGGCAAUGGCAGCGACACGGUCAGUCGAAGUGAUAGUUUUCCUGCUCUCAAUUUGAGCGAGACUACCUACGACGUUAAGAAACAAAGUUUGCUGGUGCCCACAUCCGAGGCAGGGAUGCUAACUGGCGAACCCACUGUUGGAUUAUCACAACCAAGUUCUCCCAAAAGAUCAAAAACCUUGAGUAGAAAGCCUCCACCAAAGUCACCUUCUUUAAACACAACUGCCCUGGUAUCCGUCGGUGUGAAUGAUAAUGGAAUACCAAAAUAA